AUGGCCGGGCCGUUGCGGGAGCUGGUGGAUGCGGUGCGUGGGCUGCGGUGCGCCUAUGAGGAUGCACUGACACAGGUGGAGCGCAAGACAGCGGCCCUCCGCUUCGUGGCCCAGCAGCUCCGGCACCUCCAAGAGAGCAGCCGCAAUGCGGUGGUGCGCGAUGUGCGGCAAGAGGUGGACACCCACAAGCAGGACACGGAUGCUGCAAUGGAGGCUGAGGUGCGAUCCCUAAAGCUGGUGGAAGACGCCCUCAGCCGUGCAGAGGUCGUCAGGGUUCGGCAGCAGGCUAAAGAGCGCAAAGCAGAGCGAGAGAAGCAGCGUCGAGCCAUCUAUUCAACCACACCUGCGCCACGCACCAAACGCACCAGCAGCACCACCACCAUCAUCAUCAGCACCAUCAUUGACAUCGGUGUCAUCGUCACGCCAUCGUGUCCGCGGUGCGAGCCAGCCGUCAUCUCGCGUCGCCAGCGGCCGCCACCGCGCACCGCCGUCCUCAUCACCAUCGUCAUCACGAACAGCAGCUGCAACUGCCACGCGGCCUGCACGUGGUCGUGGUGGUCGUGGUGGUCGUGGUGGUCGUGGUGGUCGUGGUGGUCGUGGUCGCAGCCACACCAGUAG